CCGCCUUCUCGCAAAUACCUUCAUUCUUCUUUCUAGGGCAGCAGCACUAGCAGCACUCCGCUCGUAGCCGCCGGAGGGUAAUUUUGAUACAGGGUUUCAGCGAUGGCACCUAAAGCUGACAACACCAAGAAGACUGAUCCUAAAGCACAAGCCCUGAAGACAGCCAAGGCGGUCAAGUCUGGACCAACUUUCAAGAAGGCUAAGAAGAUCAGAACAUCGGUCACAUUCCAUCGCCCCAAGACAUUGAAGAAGGAUAGGAAUCCCAAGUAUCCUCGGAUCAGUGCGACUCCUAGACAUAAGUUAGACCAAUACCAAAUUCUUAAAUAUCCAUUGACCACUGAGUCUGCAAUGAAGAAGAUUGAGGAUAAUAACACACUUGUUUUUAUUGUCGAUAUUCGUGCCGACAAGAAAAAAAUUAAAGAUGCUGUGAAGAAGAUGUAUGACAUUCAGACCAAGAAAGUGAACACUUUAAUCAGGCCUGAUGGAACAAAGAAGGCAUAUGUUAGGUUAACCCCAGAUUAUGAUGCUCUAGACGUGGCAAACAAGAUUGGAAUUAUCUANAUUCCAAAAUUACUUGAGUUAGAAUAA